ACAAAGCCGCUGUCAUACCCGUGCAGUAUCCGAAGAAGCGAAAUGAGGAACACGAUGGUUAAGAAUGCGCUGUGAUGAUACUGUUGCAGGGCCGCGGCGGUGGGCGAGAGAGGGACAAGCCACGGGCGGUGGGACAGCUGGAGGAGGAGCUACGGGCCGCCUUACGUCGCAGCUUGUGCUCCCCGAAGGCAAUGUCCCCACCCAUUGGAAUGGGUCUCGACGCCCACGCUGAUGAGGGCGGCGGCGCGUUGGCAGAGGCCCUUAGGCGCCUGGCGGAGGUGACGCGUCCAUGUGGUGACCUGGUCGCCCUCAUCAGCCACGGUUAUAGCCACAUCCAACACCAUUUAGACGCCACACUCAGACGCCUUCAUGCUGCUGAGACACUGCUCGGACAGACGGACGCCACUCAGAGGGAAAGGGAAGCCACUCGCCGGAGAGAUCUCGGGGCAGUCAACGCAGAUCUGACGCAGCGCCUGGAGGAGAGCGAAGCCAGGAGCCGCGCCCUUGUGUGUGAGAUGCAGCAGCUGGAGGAGGUCCUUGGUGUGGAGCGGCGGCGCGGACACUGCCUGGAGGAGGACAUGCGGGGGCUGGAGGCGCGGCUGCUGGAGGUGAGUGUGUGGCGCGUCUUGAGGCGUGGGGAAAGUGAAGUAAGAACAUAAGAAAACAAGAGAAACUGCAAGAAGCCGUCUGGCCUACAAGUAGCAGUCCUUGCAUAUAACUUACUUCCUUAUUUCCACCAAUCACCGUCAUUCAUUAGUUCGUCUAAGCUUU